AUGCCCCUUGUGGUAUUGAUCACGCUCCAGGGUUCGCUGGUCGGUGCGGAAAACAAUUCAAGUGAACAAUACAGGAGUCAGUUGGAGUUCACCCGUGAAUUUUUCCAAGCAGCUUUCGCAUCAAUGCGGAAAGAGAUUCUUCGAACUGUUAUCGAAGCCGAUGUCAGUACUGAGUGUCAAGUAUUCCUGCUCAAGUUCGCCCAGGCCGCAGAAAAUCUUGAGCCAUGGACUAGUCGACUUAUGGAUGCCUCCGGCAAAUUUCCUGUCGGUCUGUACCAGGGAACACUCGCCGACCUGGGUGCUUUCGAUGCCUGUGUCGAAACGGUCCUGACAUCGGACGAAGGUGAAGAAACUCUGCGCGGCCAGUACUGCAAUGCGUACGCCAAGAGUCCGAAUGGAGAUUAUGCCAACCAUAUCAGCAACAUCACGGCCCUCUCUCACAGACGGACACCGAAUUUCAUCACAUUUCAAGAAUCGAAAGAGGUGCCUGGCAUGCGCAUAGGAUUCUGCAUAUCGACGCAAUGCGACAGGGAGGAUCUCCAAAAGCUGGCGAACAAGAUAGGGCAAAGUCUGGUGGCGGAGAUCACAAUUGGAUCCUGCAUAACAAACCUUCCGCAGCCCAUGGAGACGCGGCAACUGCUCGUUCUAAUCUUAUUGGCCGUCCUCGUGGCUCUCGUCGUCGUUGGAUCAUUCGUCGACUAUCUCAGCGUUACUCGGUGCAAGAGCGAAACAUCGAACUCUUCAACGGUUAUCCGCGUCCUCAAGUGUUUCUCGUUCCGAGCGAACGGUGCCCUACUCAUGCACGUAAACGAAGACGUCAAUAGCGAUGCAUAUACGUAUCGUUUCAUUCACGGGAUGAAAUUCUGGUCGAUGUGCGGAGUCGUCGUCGGUCACUCCUACUCCGUCUUCGACUUCACGAUCAUCUCUCGACUGGUGAACGCUCUGCAUUAUGGGGACAAUCCGUUGUUCUGCAUAGUGAUGGCCGGAUAUCUCUGCGUGGAUACGUUCCUUUUCAUAGGGGCCUUCCUCGUCACUUACAACGUGAUCAAAGCGAAACAAUCGAAAGUGACUACGAGUGUCGUUGCGAUCGUAAGACGUUUCGUCAGAGGAACCCUGCCAGCCUUGUUCGUCAUGGUUUUGCUCUUCCUCGUCCCGCUGAUCUUCGACGGUCCUGGUAUCCCCGACUUCUAUGCGGCGUACAAGAGGCAAUUUGCUCGCGAGUGGUUGUCCGUCCUUCUGCAAUUCAGAAACCUCCAAUCACAAAACUAUUUCCAGGAUUACGGACCGCCGAGCAUGGGUCCGCUGUGGUACUUGUCCGCGGACUUCCAACUUUUCGUCGUCGUAGUGAUCUGCCUCGCUCUGACGAAUCGGGAGUCAAAGAUGUUCCAAGCAUCUAUGGGGCUCUUCUCUAUGGCGACUAUCAUUUUCACGGGCGUUUACAUACGCGGAACGAUCAUCACACCAUUCGUUCUACCAAUGGCUGAGAAUUGGGAAGUCAUCUCUCAAACCUUAGGCUCCUUCUAUCAUUUCACCACCACUCACGCUCCGUGCUAUUUCCUCGGUGCUUCCACCAUGAUAAUGAUACGAGACUACAAGAAGACGAAACUCACAAUGUAUUGGAUUGGUAGCCUUCUUUGCAUGCUGUAUGCGGUCUUCGGAACCUACCCUUGGAAUCGGGGUGACUACCCUGGCGAGACGUGGAAAGUCAUCUUCGCCAUGACACAGAGGCCCCUAUGGGCCGUAUUCCUGAGCUGGUUGACGUUCGCGUGCGCGACGAAACGAGGAGGAUUCAUCACGAAAUUCUUAUCCUGGAAUGGGUUCGUGCCCCUGAGUAGAUUGUGCUUCGGAGUCUUCAUGGUUCACUUGCCGAUGUACUUCAUUGAGGCCGCCAUCGCUCGGGAAAGGAUAUACUUUUCAAAUUUCAACAUGAUCACUCGCUCUUUCGGUGUGGCCACUUGGGCUUUCCUACUCGCAUCACUCAUAUUCUUGCUAGUCGAAGCCCCCAUAGGCCGACUCGAGAAAUUGAUUCUGCAGCGGGACCCUCGAUUCGAAGGGAAGCCGAUUGAUAUCGAGAGCGCCCUCAACAAGAAGAACCUACAGAGUCCUAAACUGAAUCAAGAUAAGUCCGGAGCUCACGUCAACCAUGGAUUCCACGUCACGUCCCCAAACGACCUGUCGCCGAUCAGACACCACUCAAUCAAACUGUGA